AUGUCGGCACAGCAGGCACACAUCCUUAAGAAAAAGGAGAGCAUACUUUCACUAGAGCCGCAUCUGGAUCGUCGUGUUGUUGUUUCAUUGGAGGACCGCGAAGUGCAUGGCGUGCUGAAGGGAUUCGACAAUAACAUUAACCUUGUCCUUGCAAACGCGGAGAUAUGGAACAAAGAUGUGCGCGAGCGUCAAAUCGGUGCCUGCGUUGUCCGUGGAGGUCUCCUCGUUAGUGUGUCAUCAGGUGACACAGCAAUCCUUCAACAGAACCCAUUCCAGUAA